AUAAAGAGCUCGAGUGAUGGAAGAGGAGACGGGCCGGUAGAAGCGGCUCUAAAGAGCAGCAGUCAUGGGGGAUGAGCUGCUGUCGGAGGAGGAUUUCUCCCCUGUGAUGAUUGUGUUGCUACUGGAGUUUGAAAAAGAGUGACUGAAUGUUGUGGUCUGAAAAGGAGUUUCACGAUGCUGCAAAAAGAAAUGACACAUGGAAAAUGCAAGAACUCAUCAAGAAGGGUGUGGACGUCAAUGCCAAAAACAAAGUAGGCCGAAAAGCACUGCACUGGGCAGCAGGAGCUGGGAAUGAACAGGCUUUGCGUCUCCUACUGGAGUAUGAUGUGGACAUCAAUGAGACUGACAGUUUUGGGAUGAAUGCUCUGCUUCUGGCAUCCUGGUUUGGUCACCUAAACAUCCUACAGAUCCUGGUGUCUUGUGGAGCAAAGCUCAACUCUGAAAACAAAGAUGGUCUGAAUAUGCUGCACUGUGCUGCUCAGCGAGGCCACAUCAGAGUAUUGGCGUUCAUCUUGGAGCACCUAGAAGGCAUCAGUCUAGAUGGAGUUGAAAAGUCAGGGAAGACAGCACUACACCUAGCUGCUGAGCAUGGACAGCUUGAAGUAGUUGAAUUUCUGAUUGGAAUGGGUUACAUACAUGGUUUGAAGGACAAGGAAGAAAACACGCCUAUGCAUCUAGCAGCAAGCAAAGGGCACGCAGAGAUCCUACAGAAGAUCCUAGAGACUGGUGUCAGUGUGGAUAAAAGGAAUAUAGAUGGUCUCACACCAUUGCACAUGGCAGCUGAUGGAGGUCACUAUGAAUGUGUUAGACUUCUGCUGGAUUCUGGCUGUAAUGUCAAUGCACAAACUAAUAGAAAUAUGAAUGCUCUCCAUUAUGUGGCACAGCAUGGUCAUGACAGAGAGGCCAGCUUGCUGCUGAAGGCAGGAAUCAAUGUAGAUGCUAUAAACAACCAACACUGCACACCACACCACCUGGCUGUAUUCAACAAUCACACAAAAGUUGUACGAUUGCUUAUUGACGCUGGCAGCAACCUGAAUGCCACUGACAUUAGGCAGCAGACCGCACUACACAUUGCCUCAGAACAUGGCUGGCAUGACCUGGCUGAGAUGAUGCUGAUUUCUAGAGUUAGUCUCAGUUUAACUGAUAAGCAGGGGAAAACAUGUCUGGAAGUGGCAGCAAGAGGAAACCAUGUGGUCCUGGUAGACAUGAUAAUUAAAGCUGACCGUUUUUAUAAGUGGGAGAAGGAUCACGGGCGCAGUGAGCAGGUAAGAAGACCUCUGAGCUUCAAACAGGACCACCAGCCGGAGACACAGCACUUCCGUUCUGUUUUAUGGACCCUCGCCACAAAGCAUCUGUGUUAUGGGGAGUGGAAGAUUCUUGCUCAGCACUGGGACUUUAGUGAAGCACAUAUACAAGCUAUAGAACAACAGUGGACAGGUAAGAAAAGCUUCAAAGAUCACGGUCACCGGAUGCUGUUAAUCUGGCUUCAUGGAGUGCUCGUAGCUGGAGAAAACCCUAUCAAAGGCCUCUAUGAGGGGUUGGUGGAAAUCUCCCGGACAGAUUUGGCAGAGUUCAUCCGACAGAAGGCAAACUCACAGACCAGCUCUCCUAAAAUGUGCUACAUAAUGUGAUGGCAACAAGUUUAUACUUAUCAUCAAGCUAUUGUGUUCGCUUUGUUAAAACUUUCUUUAUUAAAAGAAAUGCAAAGGUUAUUUUUUAUAAAUAAAAUUACAUGAUUUGAAUUCUG